AUGCUGCAGACAAAUCUACUAGCGCCAGGACAUGCAGAUCUGGUCACCCACGUGACAUAUGAUUUCUACGGAGAACGAUUGGCGACGUGUUCGGCCGAUCAGAAGAUAAAGCUAUUCAGGAAGUCUCAUGAAGGAACAUGGGAUCAGGAGACCGAGUGGAAAGCUCACGACGCACCUAUAUUACACUUAUCAUUCGCCCAUCCAGUACACGGCUCACUCCUAGCUUCGUCAUCGCAUGACCGUACAGUCCGAAUAUGGGAAGAACCGACAGGCCGCGAAAGGGAAGGAAGAUGGAUAGAACGAGCUGUCUUGACGGGCGCGAAGGGAAGUGUGAAGCAAGUAGAAUUUGGAACAGCCGAUGCAGGUAGUGAACCUAGAGUCGCAACAAUAUCUACCGAUUCAUAUUUACGUAUCUACUCAUCCGCCGACCCCUCUCUAUCAGAUUGGUCACUCCUCCAACCUAUACAUAUACCGACUUUACCUCCUCCUGGAUCGAGCUCGAACGAGGAACCUCCCAUAGAUGGGGGAAGUACGAACGAAUUAGCUCAGGGAGGAUGGGGUCUAUCAUGGUGUAAAGAAAGAUGGUGGGGAUCGAUCAUAGCUGUUUUCUCAGGUAUAUCACCUAUAGUGAAAAUUCUUUCUAUACCAAUUGAUACUUCUUCAUCGGCAAGUUCGAUAAUGUUUCUCAAUCCCCCAUCAUCAUCUUCGACAGCUCCUCUAACGAGUAUAGCCUGGGCGCCAUCUUGCGGUAGAUCAUAUCAUCUGAUAGCUACUGGUAGUAGAGAUGGGACUAUCCGGAUAUGGAGGUUGGAACCUCCCGUUGAGAAGCUACGAGUGGAUUAUAAUGACGAUGGGUACCAUGAUGGUGUGGGCGGAAGCGCUCAGUGGAAAGGUGAUUGUGUGGCGGACUUUGGUAAAGGUGGCGCGAGGAUUGGAAUGGUUGAUUGGAACGCGACUGGAACGACGUUGACAACAACGGAUGACGAAGGUGUAGUGAGGAUAUAUAAACCUACAUACGCAAGAAGCUGGAAGCUGUUAGGCCAGAUGACAGCUGAGGAGCCACCUCAUGAAGAUGGAAAUGGACAAUAG